UUUGUGAUAGUGAAGAAAAUAGAUUUGAUAGCUUCCAUCAUCAACCGACUUGAAUUGGCCCGCCAAGAAUACUCACUUUUCAAGGAAGACGGUUGAAGUUAUGAGAGGAAAAAGUAAAAGUGUCGUAUUUCCUGCUUCAAGAAUAAAGCGUAUUAUGCGAAUAAACGAGGAGGUUGGAAAGAUUGCAGUUCCAACACCCGUACUAGUUAGCAAGGCUCUGCAGUUGAUGUUGCAAGAUUUCCUAACGAGUUGUUGCGAUACAGCGCGAAAACAUAAGAGUACAGUCAUUACGCCUUACUUGAUGAAGUUAUGUAUGAGGAACUAUGACCGUUUUGCUUUUUUGUUAAAGUUAUUGGAAAGCAAGCAAAAGUUGGAAUCUUUACCUGUUGAAAUUGGAAGUGAACUAUUCCAUGUUGUAAAUGAAAGGAAUACAAUAGAUCUUACGAAAGAAAGACGUGAAUUGAGAAAGCGUCGGUCUACAAGUGAUCUAUCAUCGAAAAAUGAAAAGAAAGAACGUUCAAUGGCUUUGAAUAAUAUCAACUUUGAUGAUUCCAAACAUUUUCAAUGUUCUCGUAUAUCUCCAUCGUGCUUUUCUUUAAAAACGGAAGCUGAAGAAAAUAACUAUGAUUGUGAUGAGGAUGAGUCAAAGCCUAACUUACUCAAUACAAGUUCCUCUGUAAAUGAUAGUCCUUUAGUAGAUGACCAUCACCAAUUAACUGACAAUCAUGAUAUGAAAAAUAAGCAUCAUGAAGCAAAAGAGUCUCUAACAGAAUAUAAGACGAAACGCGAACGAACUAUAGUAUCAAAGAUUGAGGAGAAGGAACGCGAAAGUAUAUAUUGUGUCGCAGUUGUUGAGGAUACCUCUAUUGCAGCAACUUGUUCACCUUCCAGUUUACCCGAAAAUGAUCUAUAUUUGUUGGACAAGGUUGAAAGUCCCAGUCGUGUAUUCAUAAGUAUUGAAGAACUUGUCCAUUCAGUUUAGAAGAUUUGGAAUUCGAUGAAUUAUUUUCUUUCAUGGUUUUAAGAACAAAAGGUUAUCCUCAGAACAAGAACAGUUAUUAUUUGAAUUCUUUUGCCAUAGUUUUAGUGUAUAGGGCGAAAUAAGAAUUGACUGA